GGCGCGAGCUGUGACGUGACGUUGGCGGGCGCGCGCCGCGUGGCUCCCGGAAAGGAGCCGAACCUCCGGAAAGCUGGUGGCCGGGAUGCGGGGCGCUAGUGGCCGCCCGCCCCCCCGGAGCCGCGGCCCGCCCAGCAGGGUGGCCCUGACUCCAUGAAGGCCCCAGCUCUGAUUCUGUCAUUGUGGAUGACGAGGACUGACUCCCACCAUAUCGCCUGGACCUUGCUUGCCCUUUCAGUAUGGGGAGGAUUGGCAUUUCCUGUCUCUUUCCUGCCUCUUGGCAUUUUAGCAUCUCUCCAGUGGGCUGUCCUCGAAUUCUGAACACCAAUUUACGACAAAUCGUUGUCAUUAGCAUCCUGGCUGCAGCUGUCUCCCUUUUAUACUUCUCUGUUGUCAUAAUCCGCAGCAAGUAUGGGUGGCUGUCAAAGGACAAGAAAUUUCAAAGGUACUUGGCCCGAGUCACAGACGUUGAGGCCACAGACACCAACAACCCCAGCGUGAACUAUGGCAUCGUGGUGGACUGCGGCAGCAGUGGGUCUCGGAUAUUUGUCUACUGCUGGCCUCGGCACAAUGGCAACCCUCACGAUCUGCUGGACAUCAGACAGAUGAGGGACAAAAACCGGAAGCCAGUGGUGAUGAAGAUUAAGCCCGGCAUCUCAGAGUUUGCUACCUCUCCAGAAAAAGUCAGCGACUACAUUUCUCCGCUUCUGAGCUUUGCUGCAGAACAUGUGCCUCGGGCAAAACACAAAGAGACACCUCUCUACAUUCUCUGCACAGCUGGAAUGAGAGUCCUUCCUGAAAGCCAGCAGAAAGCCAUCCUAGAGGACCUCCUGACCGACAUCCCUGUGCACUAUGAUUUCCUGUUUUCUGACUCCCAUGCCGAAGUCAUCUCAGGAAAACAAGAAGGUGUGUAUGCUUGGAUCGGCAUUAAUUUUGUCCUCGGACGGUUUGAGCAUAUUGAGGAGGAUGACGAGGCGGUUGUGGAAGUCAACAUUCCGGGCAGCGAGAGCAGCGAGGCCAUCGUGCGGAAAAGGACAGCUGGUGUCCUCGACAUGGGAGGCGUGUCUACCCAGAUAGCGUACGAAGUCCCCCAAACUGUAAGCUUUGCCUCCUCGCAGCAGGAAGAAGUAGCUAAAAACCUGUUAGCUGAAUUCAACCUGGGGUGCGAUGUCCACCAGACUGAGCAUGUGUACCGCGUCUACGUGGCCACGUUUCUUGGGUUUGGUGGUAAUGCUGCCCGGCAGAGAUAUGAAGACCGACUAUUUGCCAGCACAGUUCAGAAAAACAGGCUCCUGGGUAAACAGACUGGUCUGACUCCUGAUGCUCCACUACUGGAUCCCUGCUUGCCUCUGGACAUUAAAGAUGAGAUCCAGCAAAACGGGCAGACCCUGUACCUUCAGGGGACAGGAGACUUUGACCUGUGUCGAGAGACCCUGCAGCCUUUCAUGAACAAAACCAAUGAGACCCAGACUUCCCUCAAUGGCGUCUACCAGCCUCCAAUCCACUUCCAGAACAGUGAAUUCUACGGCUUCUCUGAGUUCUACUACUGCACCGAGGAUGUCUUGCGAAUGGGGGGAGACUACAAUGCUGCUAGAUUCACUCAAGCUGCCAAGGAUUACUGUGCAACAAAGUGGUCGAUCCUGCGGGAACGCUUUGACCGAGGACUCUAUGCCUCUCAUGCCGACCUCCAUCGACUGAAGUAUCAGUGUUUCAAAUCAGCCUGGAUGUUCGAGGUGUUCCACAAAGGCUUCUCCUUUCCUGUCACCUACAAAAACCUGAAGACGGCCUUGCAGGUGUAUGACAAGGAAGUACAGUGGACCCUGGGGGCCAUCCUUUACCGGACCCGCUUCCUGCCCUUGAGAGACAUCCGGCAGGAGGUGUUCCGAGCUGGCCACGCGCACUGGCGGGGCGUGUCCUUCGUCUACAACCACUAUCUGUUCUCCGGUUGCUUCCUGGUCGUCCUUCUGUCCAUCCUUCUCUACCUGCUGCGGCUGCGGCGCAUCCACCGCAGGGCGCCCCGCACUGGCUCUCUGUGGAUGGAGGAAGGCCUGCCCUCCCAGAAGGGCCCUGGGCCCUUGUGACAGACACUGCGUCAGCCUGAAGAAGACUCUACAGGAAAAGCCAUUUUCACCUCAGGGUUUCUUGUAUGCUCAGACGGUUUUGUUUGCCCCUUUCCUUUCUGUUACAAAAACCCUCUGAUUGUAAGCCCUGCUGUCUGGAGGGACUACCAUUGUGAACACAGCUUUAACAGGAGGGGUGGGAAUAGGAAGUUCACUCUGCCACACAUCAGCACUUUCAGCACACGCACUUGAAUGCAGUGCCAAGGGGACAGUGGCAGGUUCCCAUCAGCAUGGGUGGCACUUCAGAGUGUCCUGGGACAGAACCAAGCCGUGAGUUAGACCCUCUUUCCUCUCCAAACACCUCAACCUAGAAGGGAGGCGUUUGGUUUUAUUUGCUGCUCAGGUCCAUCACCAUCGGUGUUUUCUUGACAGAUGUAAGACUUUAGUCUUUCAUAGGAAAAAUCAACAAGAUGGUGGCACAGGGAGGUGACACUGAAGAGUGGUCAGUGAUGAGAGCUCCAGAGGCGAGCCACGCUCUGCCGCAGACAAGCACACACCUGCAAAGCAGCCGCGCUUGUCCUGUGCUGAGAAUCUCUGUGGCCCUCUCAGAGCAGCCUUGGGGUUUGUUUGAGUGCUCAUUUGUUUUGUUUGUUUGUUUUUAAACCAGAAAGUUCUUAAAGUUCCCCUGGUCCAGUGGUCUGAGAGAGAGCUGAGUGUGCCCUACAGGUGCCCAGCGCCUCUGAGCCGAAGGUCUGUGCUGUUGAGCUAGCUGCUCCAGGCUCUUCCUCUUCUGAGCUGUCGUCCCACUGUUCAGAUCUCUUCACUGUUUUUCUUCAGGACACCCCACACAUUGCUUGACAGUCCUUGUUGUCACGCUGUGGUUGCAGCUGUCGUUGGCAAUGCCACUGUAAGCCCACACCGUGGAAGAGCCUGAAUUUAAAAUAAGAAAUAAAUGCACACGUUGAAAACAGACUUGACAUUUUAAACAGAAACCUGAAAAGGACAACCAGGGACAUGCGAGGCU